GAUUUAGAAAUGGGUGAUACAAGCCCAGCUCCUGGGACAAUAACAGCUGGCAACAAUAAUCAAGCAGAUUAUGAUUAUCUUAUUAAAUUCUUAGCACUGGGUGAUUCAGGUGUAGGUAAAACCAGUUUAUUAUAUCAAUAUACAGAUAAUACAUUUAAUAAUAAAUUUAUAUCAACAGUUGGUAUUGAUUUUAGAGAAAAACGUGUGGUACAUCGUAUGCCAGCAGCUGAUGGAUCUGUAGGUAGAAGUCAAAGAAUACAUUUACAAUUAUGGGAUACUGCUGGUCAAGAAAGAUUCCGUAGUUUAACAACAGCAUUUUUUCGUGAUGCCAUGGGCUUUCUCUUAUUAUUUGAUUUAACUAAUGAACAAUCUUUUGUUAACAUUCGUAAUUGGUUAUCACAACUUCAAACACAUGCAUAUUGUGAAAAUCCCGAUGUUGUUUUAUGUGGCAAUAAAACAGAUUUAGAAGAUCAGAGAAAAAUACGAGAAGACAGAGGGAAAGAAAUGGCAGAUAAAUUUGGCUUACCAUAUUUUGAAACAAGUGCUGCGACAGGUCACAAUGUAUCUAAAGCUAUUGACUGUUUACUAGAUAUGGUGAUGGCCAGAAUGGAGAAAUGUACUGAUAAAUCCAAACUACCUGGUAGUAGAGCUGGCAAUGAUCAGUCAUUCCAUUAUUAUAAAAAAGAUUCCAAUGAAGGUGGUUGUUUAUGUUAA